GUUUACAGCUAAAAAAAGGAAAAAGGGUCAGGAGACGAGAAGGCAUUCGUGCUGCGCUGAGCGUUCAAUACGUCAACGGGAUGAAGGAUGAGUAACAAGUCAGUCUCUGUUUAUCGAAUUUUUGUCGUCUUUGUCUAGUAGGAAACCUUGGCUCUCUGCAGCAAGAUCAAAAGAAACACAACCAAAGCAACCUUAAACAUUUGGCGAGUGAGAUUUCAGAGUUCAAAAACAUUUCAAAAACACGUUAAAAAGCGUCAGCCUAUCGAGAAACUCGGAACAAUUCUUCAAGAUUCAUUUCAUUUCUUAAUUUUCCGACUGGAGUGAAAACACCACUUAGCUUAGAAUGUUAAAAAUGUAAAAAAAAAAAAAAAAGAAAGAAAAGAAAGGCAGAGCUCUCGCACUCGAUGAUUUAUGUCUGAUAACUCGUAUGAUAUUCGUCCUCGCAGCUAGUUGUUUUCUCAAAGAGGAAUGUGCUCGUGUUUUAAAUCAUAUAACAAAUGAUGAUACGUCUGACGGAAACAGAUGAAAGUUUGGGAGCAACAAGUAUUCCUUAAGCAACAGAGCAAAAUGACAGUAGUUUCUAACUGAUUGCCAGGUUUUUUCCGAUACGCAAAAUUGUCACGGAGUUUCAGUUAAGAACCAUCCAUGUUUCGCAAAUAGGUCCUCAUAUCGAAGGCAACGGUAACAUGGAAGGCAUCAAUACCCUGGCACUGGUGACUAGUGACCAGUCUUCUUGCUAUCACAACAUCCAGCAUGGCGUCCUGCGAAGCAACUGAUAAUUCGAAUUUUGAUCACUUGAACGAGGAUAUUAGGCGUUUGCUUGCUUAUUUAGAAGCUAAGAAGGAAUUAAUGGACGCCCAUAUGGUUGAAUACUUCACUUCAAAUCACUGGGAAUCCCUUUUAUCACCUCAACUUAGAGAAGAUCUCGAAUCACUUACACACGAGCAACUUAUUCAUCUACCCACUGUGGCUUAUGAUAACACUUCCGAAGAAUAUAGAACACUCGGUGAACACCUGAAAACUUUUCUCGAAAAAGCAAGGCAGGCUCAACUCAAGAGUUUUACAUGGGUGAAAGAUCAAAAGGAGUUUACAAGCGAAAACAAAGUGAAUUUUAUUUCCCACAUCAUGACACCAAAAAAAUCGUACGAGGUGGAUGUGAUGUCAGAUGUGGUUGGUAGAUUAGCAAAGCGAUUCCAAGUCAAUAAGAUUUUGGAUCUUGGAAGUGGUAAAGGCUACCUGAGUCAGUGCUUAGCAUUGCAGUAUGGAUUAAAGGUAGUUGGUGUUGAUUCCUCUGAUGGCAAUACACAAAAUGCAGCCAGGAGAAAUGAGAGGCUUUUGAAAGUGUGGACAGGACUUGUGAAAAAGUCUAAAAGAGAGAAGGAUAAUUCAUUGAGGAGUGGUACUAUGUUAGUAUUUACACACAACAGCAAGGAAAAUUUUGAAGAUUCAUCGUCAGAUGCUUGUACUUCUUGUUGUGAUGGCACUUUACAUCUUUGUGACCACUGUGGAAAGGAUAACAAUAAACAAAAAUGUUUCUGCAAGUCUUCCUUGUUAUCAUCAACCAGUCCAGAGAAGGGAUCAUUUGAUACUGUUCAUAGAUGUUUAAAUACUGAGAUUUCCAUGACAGUGAAAUCAGAACAAUCAUGUAUGUAUGCACAGAACCCAACUUCGUAUGUCCCAGUUACUGGGCUUGUUGAUCAGUCAUUUGUUUCUAAUGGGACAUUAACAAGACUUUUUGAUGAAUUGGGAAGUCCCUCAGAUGUGGAGAACAUGGAAUGUGAUGGCAUGUUUAUAGUUGGUUUGCAUACCUGCGGGGACUUAGCUCCAACUGCACUGAGAAUAUUUACAAGUCAAUCCUCUGUGAAGUUGAUUUGUAUUGUGGGCUGUUGUUAUCACCUUGUUACACAAGACCUAGAAGGAUCCAUUGAUUCUGAUAAUGCUCUAGGUUUUCCCAUGAGCCAGUUCUUAAAGCCGUUUCAACUUCAGAUAAGCAGGAAUGCCACAAUGGUUGCACAACAGGCUGCAGACAGAAUCUCUUCAGAAUCCCAGUGUCCCCCUCUUAGUGUUCUGUAUAGAGCAAUUCUUCAGGUCAUUUUGAAAGAAAAGUUUGGUUUGGAUGGAAGUGGAAUGCGUGUUGGCAAAGCUGGUGCAAAAUGUAAGGAUUUCAAGGAGUAUGUUGAUAAAUGCCUUAAUAAGCUGGGAUUGAAAGAAAGAAUGAGUGAGUUGUCUGAAGAAGAAGUGAACUCCUACCUCACAAGAUUUAAACACCAUGAGAGGCAUUUGCAUGCCUUCCAUCAGUUGAGGGCGGCUAUCGCCCCUUGCAUCGAAAGCGUUUUCCUGCUGGACAGACUACGCUAUUUAUACGAACAGGGUCACGAGUCUGCUUGUAUCGUACGGCUCUUUGACCCCGUGAGGUCCCCAAGAUGUUAUGCUAUCAUUGCUUCCAAGCCUGACGAGACAACUUCCCCACGAGAUGAAGACAAGCAGCAUUCUCGGGGACUGUUUCUAGCGUAAAGUAGAGAAGGACGAAGUUCGAGUCCCCAAGUCUACCAGAGCUAUGGUGACAUGUCUUUAGGACUCAUUAUAUUGGGAUACCAAGUUCCAUUCUUUAGGAGGUCAAACCAUAUAAUGAACAGCCCGAUUCCCGUGUCGUUAGCCGAUGAAGUUAAUGACAGGUUUUGGAAAGUCUAGUGACGCAUGUUGCUUUCUUGAUAUAUGUACAGCGGAACUUCAAUUUAACAAACCUCUAUAUAACGAAGUCCUAGGUAUAACGAAGGAUACUUCAGC